AGCUUCAAGCCAGAGGGGCGGGAAGAAGGAAAAAGGAUAAGAAAGGGAGUGGAGCUGGCACCUACGGUGGCCGGAGAGGGACGCGCCAAGCCGGAGGGUGCAGGAUGAUGCGAUUCAUGCUGCUGUUCAGCCGGCAGGGAAAGCUGAGGCUGCAAAAAUGGUACCUGGCCACGUCAGACAAAGAGAGAAAGAAGAUGGUUCGUGAGCUUAUGCAGGUUGUUCUGGCUCGCAAGCCUAAGAUGUGCAGCUUCCUGGAGUGGAGGGACCUCAAAGUCGUCUAUAAGAGAUAUGCCAGCCUCUACUUCUGCUGCGCCAUCGAGGGCCAAGACAAUGAGCUCAUCACACUGGAGCUGAUCCACCGAUAUGUGGAGCUCCUGGACAAAUACUUCGGCAGCGUAUGCGAGCUGGACAUCAUCUUUAACUUUGAGAAGGCCUACUUCAUCUUGGAUGAGUUUUUGAUGGGGGGUGAUGUCCAGGACACCUCCAAGAAGAGUGUGCUAAAGGCCAUUGAGCAGGCUGACCUGCUGCAGGAGGAGGAUGAGUCGCCUCGAAGUGUGCUGGAGGAGAUGGGUCUGGCAUAGCCCCCGCCUGGGCCACAUGGAGAUGUGGGGAGCUGGUGGCGAGGCAGGGCACGAGCGGCCCUUUUCUGGGUCGGACUCAACUGCCCCUCCGCUGCUGCCUCACCUUCGUUUGGAGUGAGCUGUGUGCUCAGGACCCUCAAACAUUCCCUCCUUCCACCCCUUACCUCCGGUUUCCCCUUUUCACACUGAAGGUUUUCAGAGCUAGGAGGCAGGAAAAUGUGACCAAGACAGGGGUGCUAUUUGGCUUUCAUUCCCUGCCUUUGAAGAACUAAUGUUACCCCAAACUUCCUUCCCUCCCUUAUAACUGUAAAUAUAUAUAAAUACGUCAGGUUAAAGGGAAAAGGUUUUCAGGGCUCUUCUCUUCUCCCUGCCCCAUAACCUACCUCCACCCUCCCUGCAGCCAGCCAGGGCAGCUUCUCUGCCUGGAAGGGGGGCAUCUGCGUAGUGAGAGGGCGGUCCUUCCCCUCAUCUGCCCUUCCUUCUUAGCUGCAGUUGGGCCUGUG